AUGGGAGAUAUGAAGACGCCAGACUUUGAUGACCUGCUGGCGGCUUUCGACAUCCCUGACAUGGUGGAUCCUAAAGCCGCUAUUGAAUCUGGGCCCCAUGAUGACCAUGAUGGACGACUCAAGCAUCCCAGUGGUGGGGUGACUAGUGGUGAAGAUGAGUCCCACAACCCCUCAACAGGACUUGACGUUGGCGUUAGUGUCAUUGUCAAGAACAUCCGAAACGCAGACACUAGGCAACAAGGUGGAACCAUAUCAGAGAAGGAUGGGCAUUUCUAUCCCCAACCCCCUUCUGUUGACAUUAGCAAUGGACUUCAUAAUAGCUUCUUGGCUGCAAUACAACCAGAUACUCAUUGCACCAGAAAUGGAUGGAAUGCUCCCAUUAAGGAAGCACAGCCAGUUAAUAACCAUUCACCAACCUUCAAUCAAUUCAGCCCCAUCUCCAGCGCUGAAGAGUUUGAUGAUGAUGAUGAUAAAAUUGAGGUUGAUGACCCUAUGGACAAGCAGGGAGUUCAGUCAACCUUUAUAUCGACUACUAAGACAGGGGAGCAGCAUCCCAAAUCUCCUGUAUCGUUAGAUAAUGCUUCUAAGCCCACAGCAAACAUAGACCAGAAACCUGUUCAAAACAAGAACACCAAUGAAAUUCUAGGAUGUUUCAAGUCUAACGAGCUCCCUCAAUCAAGUUUACCUGAGGGGGAACUACAGAAAACGAUCCUCGAGUCUCAAGAUCAGGAGUGCAGGGAGACUCGAGAGACAACGGAGCUUGUUAAUGUGUCCAGUAUGUCUCAAGUCAAAGCCAAGACCUCUGCAAAACUUUCAUCUUGUAUAGCAGCCAUAGUAGCUCUCAGUGCCAAAAAGGCUAAUCCAACAGAUUUGGGUGUUUUGGAUUCUCCUCCAACACAGAAAGAAUUCCCGCUUGACGAUAAAAAUCCCAGAGCUGUAGAGAAACCACAUGAGCAGGAGUCAGCCCUAGAGUUUGCAAAGAGGCUGCUAACAAGACAACCGGACAGUCCCUCCAGUGUCAUCAGUGAAGGUAGCAGCAAAGCUUCCCCUACCUCAGGCACGGACACCACCCCAGUGAUCCCAAAAGUCAGGAUCAAAACAAUUAAGACAUCAUCCGGGCAGAUCAAGCGUAUGGUCACCCGAGUUGUAUCAGAGUUCGGUCCGGAAGGUCUGAAAAGAGAGAAUAGUGUUUCUGUCAUGGAAACCACCAGCGCAAUGUUCUCAUCUCCCACAAGGCCCUCUCUGCCAAUCACCGUAUUAGCCACCACUGGAGGCCCUUCAAUUGAAAUAACCAAGAAAAUGACUAUUAAACCUGUGGCGACAGCUUUCCUGCCUGUCUCAGCAGUCAAGGCAGCUGGUUCCCAAAUCAUCAAACUGAAACUAGCCAACAAUACCACAGUUAAAGCAACUGUCAUCCCCGCUGCAUCAGUGCAAAGUGCAAGCAGUGCCAUCUUGAAAGCUGCUAAAGCCAUGAAGCAACAGACAGUCAUGGUACCUGCCUCCAGUCUGGCUAAGGCCAAAUUUGUGCCAAAGACAGUGCACCUUAGUAAACUCAAUCUUCUGCCUCAGACUGUAUCUUCUGCUGUCUGUGAUCUCAAAAAGGCCCUGUCCUCCUCCAAACAACCAGAGCAAAUCAAACAGCAUACAAUUCUCGCUGGCCGGGCCACAAAGAAAGUCUCUAGGAUUCAAGUGUUCAACAGCUCUCAAAGCUCUGUAGUGGACGCCUUCAACAAAGUCCUGAGUAGCAUAAAUCCUGUCCCUGUGUACGUACCAAACCUCUCUCCGCCAACCUCAGCUUGUAUCUCUCUACCCUCACGUGGCUACAAGUGCCUGGAGUGUGGAGAUUCAUUUGCUCUCGAGAAGAGCCUGGCACAUCACUACGAGCGUCGCAGUGUGCGGAUCGAGGUCACCUGCAACCACUGUGCCGAAAGUCUAUUGUUCUACAACAAAUGCAGCCUCUUGUCUCAUGCCAGGGGCCACAAGGACAAAGGGGCUGUCAUGCAGUGCUCACAUCUAAUCCUAAAACCCAUCCCCGCAGAUCAGAUGAUAACCACAUCACCCUCACCAGACCCACCCAACAUCACUGGCACCACCUCCACCUCCCAACCACAAGCAAAGACCCAAAUCCCAGGGAGAGUCGCUGGUUCUGGAUCCCAAAGUACAGUGAUUUCAGCUCCAUGCAGUGCUCCUCUUGUUGCAGCCAUGCCCUUGGAGGAGGAUGCACCGAAGAUCUGCAGGCACAGCCUCAAGUGCUUGGAGUGUAACAAAAUGUUCCAGGAUGACAGCUCGCUUGCUUUGCACCACCAACAGGCACAAGAUUCCAGCGGGCAGAAAACAUGCACCAUCUGCCAAAUGCUUCUACCAAAUCAGUGCAGCUUUCUGUCACACCAGCGGAUCCACCAGCACAAGUCUCCUUAUAUCUGCCCCGAGUGUGGCGCCAGCUGCCGUUCUGUCCAUUUCCAAUCACAUGUCACAAAGAACUGCCUGCAUUACACCCGUAGAGUCGGCUACCGCUGUAUCCACUGCAGUGUGAUCUUUGCUGAUGCUGCAACCGUAAAAUCGCACAUCCAAAGUUCUCACUGUGAGAUCUUCUAUAAAUGUCCUCUCUGCCCCAUGGCUUUCAAGUCUGCACCUGGAACACACUCUCAUGUGAACACACAGCAUCCAGGAAUGAAGACCGGAGAGCCCAAGUUGAUCUACAAGUGUUCCAUGUGUGAUACCGUGUUCACUUUGCAGUCCCUGCUACACUCUCAUUUUGACCAGCAUAUCGUCAAUUGGAAAGUUUCAGUGUUCAAAUGCCCCGACUGCUCCAUGCACUACGCACAGAAACAGCUCAUGUUGGACCAUAUCAAGGCCAUCCAUGGGACCCUGAAGACCAUCGAAGGUCCACCAAACUUGGGCAUCAACCUUCCUCUCAGCACCAAGCCCACUAACUCCAAUAGCACCAACAGCCCCAGUAAGAAUAAUAACAACAAAGAUGGAGGAAGUGACAAAGGUCAAGACAAGGGAGAAAAGAAGCCUUCACCUCUGAAGAAAGCCAAAAGUAACUGCUCAGUGGCCCUCAAGAACCCGCCCAGCUCAGGAUACACAUGUGGAGACUGCAGUAGUCUAUUCAGCUCCAGGGAGGUCUUUGUGGCUCACAUGAGGCGCGAACAUGGCAAGAUACUGAAGAAACACCCAUGUCGGCAGUGCGAGAAGUCCUUCAGCUCUUCUCACAGUCUUUGCAGACACAACCGCCUCAAACACAAGGGACAGCGGAAGGUCUACACCUGCCCGCACUGUCCAGCUCUCAGUCCACCGUUCACUAAAAGAGUGCUGCUGGAUCAGCACAUCCGCUUGAUGCAUGGAGUCAAAGACCCAGAUGGGAAGACUGUAAAGUCUGAUCCCAUGGAGGCGCCACCUGACAAGGAGACGACCCACAGCCCCAAAAGGAAGCAAGGAGAGGAUGAGGGGUCUCCAGGCCUGAACUCCAGGGUCACCGACUCACAGCCGUUGAAGAGGCUCAAGGUGAACAUCCUUAAAGUUCACAAGUGUGCCGUCUGCGGCUUCACCACCGAGGACAUCGCAGCUUUCCACGAGCACAUUCCCCAGCACAAGUCCGACGGCUCGUCCCACCAGUGUCCGGAGUGCGGCCCGUGCUACACCUCCCACCGCUCGCUGGCCCGACACCUCUUCAUCGUCCAUCGGCUGAAGGAGCCGCAGGGCCUCGCCCGGUACACCGGAAGGGGCAAGGACGACGAUGAGAGUCAGCGGGAGAACCAGCUGGAUGGUGCAGACGGGACACCCAGUACCAAAUGCAAAGUGUGCGGGAGGAUGUUUGAAACAGAGGGAAACCUGAACACUCACAUGAGGACUCACGGGAUGGCGUUCAUAAAGGCGAAGAGACUGAGCGCGGCGGACAAAUGA